AGCAAUAAGAAGAAGAAAAAUAUUUUGUUUUUUUUUCAUUCACUUUGAUUGAAUUCAAAAGGAAUUUUUUGCAUUCAUUCCAGUCAGUCAGUCAGUUAACUGAACAGCAAUCUUAUUUAACAACCCAAACAACCAUACCAAAUAUUGACAAUUAUGGAAUCAAUAUCAAUGAAUAGACCAACUGAAAAUGUUGAUAAACAAAAAAAUAUUGAUAAUAUUCUUGCAUCACUUGGUAAUAUUGGAUAUUAUCAGAUAAAAACCUAUCUACUUUGUUUAUUUCUAAUGUUUUGUUCUGGUAUAAUAGCACCUGCACGAGUAUUUGAACUAAUAAUACCUGAACAUAGAUGUUUAAUACCAAUCUGUGAAAAUUAUGAUGAUAUCGAACAACAACCACCAAAUUCAAAUUAUGAAUUAUUUCAUCAUUCAUUUUUAAAAUUUACAUUACCAAAAGUUGAAAAUUCUUAUGAUCGUUGUCAUUCAUAUGAACCGAUAAAAAAAUUCAACAAUAAUCAAUCAAAUACAACAACAACAACAAAUGAAGAAUGUUCAAGUAAAACAUUUGAACUUCGUUCAACAAUUGAACCAUGUAAAAAAUUUAUAUUUAAUCAUCAAUAUUUUCAAUCAACAAUUAUUACUGAAUUUCAAUUAUAUUGUCAACAAGAUAAUAUUCAAUUAAUACGUGCUUGUUAUUUUUUUGGUACUAUUAUUGGAUUGAUUUUGAAUAUCAUUUUAGCCGAUAAAUAUGGUCGACAAAUAAUGAUACGAAUUUUUUGUCCAUUAACAGUGUUAAUAUUUAUAUUGAAUAUUUUCGUUACAAAUAUCUAUUCAUAUGGAUUUUGUUUAUUUUUCAAAGGAAUUUGUUCGAUUACAUUGUUUCAAAUAUCAUAUACAUUAAUUAUUGAAUGUUUAGGUGGUAAAUGGAGAUUUUAUCUAACAAAUUUUUCCUUUGCAAUAUUUAUAUUGGGAAAUAUUUAUACUGGUCUUUGUGCAUGGUGGUUACGUGAAUGGAAAUUGAUUGAAAUUUCGGGUAUUAUUCCCGUUUUAUUUCUAUUACCAUAUCCAUUCAUAUUACCCGAAUCAUUACGUUGGGAAUUUGCUGUUGGUAAACAUACAAAAGCCAUAGAUAAUAUUGAUAAAGCUGUCAGAAUGAAUGGCAAUAAAAUUGAUAAUGAAACAAUUGAAUCAUUUUUGGAACAAACUAAAAGAAUGACCAAAUCAAAAAUAUCGAUUGGAAAAUUAUUUACAAACAAAUCAAUACGAUUGUUUUUGAUAAUAUUUCUAUUUAUUCGUUUUAUAAAUGCCAUUGGUACACAUGGAAUUUCAUCAUUUUUAUCAUCAUCAUUGAAUGAAGAUAAUAUAUACAUUUUGACAUUAACAAUGAUGAUCAUUGAAUUAUCUGGUGUAAUUUUAUCAACAUUGAUUGGUGGAUUUUCUCGAAAAUUUAUACUAAUGAUUAUGAUGAUUAUGGCCGGAUGUUUUUGUAUUGUUUGUUCAUUUAUUGAAUUGAAUGAUUGGAAAAUUAUUUUUGUCAUUAUUUGUCGAAUAUGUUUAGUUGGAUCAGUUACAUUGGCCAUUGUUUAUUCGGCAGAAUUAUUUCCCACUAUACUUCGUAUUAGUGGUGUUUCAUUUUGUGCAUUAAUAUCAAAAAUUGGUUCAAUGGCUGCAACACAUCUAAUUGAAUUGCAUUCAUCAGAAAAUCCAUUACCUUUCAUAUUCGUUGGUAUCCUGACAAUUAUUGCCGGUUUAUUAAUCUUCAUUUUACCCGAAACAAAAAAUCGAAAUUUACCCGAUUUAUUGGAAAAUUGAAAAAAAAAAUUUAUAAAUCAUUUUAUACAAUGAAAGUUAUUGUUGUUGGUUAUCAUUUUUGCUGAUGAUAUACUAGCAUCAUAUUAACCAAUAUAUUUUGC